CCACUAGGGGACCGUGGACAGCUCCCGUGCGAGGAGCAGAGCAACACAGGAGGAGGAGAGGGCUGGACAUGGGGGAGCCACCGCACAGGCCCGUAUGAUCGCUGCAAACACAAUUUGGAUGUGCUCCUGCCGGGGAAGAUACACAAAGAGACCAAAGUGGAAAAGCCAUCGGAGGACGGGGAAACAAGCCGUAAAGUGACAGAAAGGAGGGGAGACGACUACUGACCCAUCCCGGCGCAUCAGGGGGGAGAAGAAGAGGGAGGAAGGAGAGAAGGAGAAAUAUUUCCGCUCGACCUGAUGGACUGACGACAGAUGAAUGAAGACUGCCUACACUAACGCCUAUCGAUGCCUGGCCAAGGACCUGGACGCUUACGCCAUGAAUACGGACAUGACAAUGGACGGCAUUGGCAGCCUGCAUGGCGGGGUGGCGGUGAGCUCCGUGGCCCCUGAUGUGGAGCUGAUGAGCGGCCACAGCCCCCUUCACGGCCGCGGGAGCUCUUCGGGCGCGGUGGGGGGCCACGGGGCGGCGGCGGCGGCCGCCCUCCGGAUACACCAGGACCUGGCCGCCGCUGCCGCGUCAUCUCGCUCCGCCAUGGUGUCCGGCAUGGCCAGCAUUCUGGACGGCAGCGGGGAGUACCGUCCAGAUCUGUCCCUCCCGCUGCACCACGCCAUGAGCGUGCCCUGCGACACGUCCUCUCCCGGGAUGGGGAUGAGCGGCACUUACACCACUUUAACGCCGCUGCAGCCGCUUCCCCCCAUCUCCACGGUGUCCGACAAGUUCCAUCACCACCAUCACCAUCACCAGCGGCUUUCCGGGAACGUCAGCGGGAGCUUCACUCUGAUGCGGGACGAGCGUGGGCUACCUGGCAUGAACAACCUUUACAAUCCCUACCACAAGGAUCCCAUGUCCGGGAUGGGUCAGAGUCUUUCCCCGGUGCUCGGUAACGGCUUAGGCUCCCUCCACAACACCCAGCAGGGUCUCCACAAUUACGGUACGGCGACGCACGGGGGCCACGACAAGAUGCUCAACUUCGAACCCAGCGCCUCCAUGCUCACCAGAGGGGACCACCACCAGCACCGAGGCCUCGGUGGCCCGGCAGGAGGGAUGAUGCCGCACCUGAACGGAAUGCACCAUCCGGGACAUCCCGUAUCCUCGGCGGGACACCACCCCCACCCUCACCUCCAUUCUCCAUCCCACGGGCCAGUGUUGGCUUCCACCCGGGAAAGACCGCCCUCCUCCUCGGGGACGCAGGGGGGAAACAGUUCAGGGCAGCUGGAAGAGAUCAACACAAAAGAGGUGGCGCAGAGAAUCACGGCCGAGCUGAAAAGGUACAGCAUUCCUCAAGCCAUCUUCGCCCAAAGGGUCCUGUGCCGCUCACAGGGGACCCUGUCGGACCUGCUGAGGAACCCCAAACCAUGGAGUAAACUAAAGUCGGGCCGGGAGACCUUCAGGCGGAUGUGGAAGUGGCUACAGGAGCCGGAGUUUCAGAGGAUGUCGGCUCUUAGACUGGCAGCAGUCUGGAUGCCGUGUGGCACCAUGCUGCCUCUCACAGCGUGCAAAAGGAAGGAGCAGGACACAGCGAAGGAGCGGAACAACACACCAAAGAAAUCCCGAUUGGUCUUCACAGACCUGCAGCGGCGAACGCUGCUGGCCAUCUUCAAAGAAAACAAGCGGCCUUCCAAAGAAAUGCAGCUCACCAUCUCGCAGCAACUGGGCCUCGAACUUACCACCGUCAGCAACUUCUUCAUGAACGCCCGCCGCCGGAGCCUGGACAAAUGGACAGACGACGGAGCCAGUCCAGGCGCCCAAUCUUCAGCAUCCAGCACUUGUACCAAAGCGUGAUAAUAGGUGAAGGGGUAGAUGACUGGGACGAGGGUUGGACGGGGUGGGUUAAGGUAGGGGGACAGGUUGAGGUCAUGGGUCGAGCUUUAGCCUGAUCCAAGCAAGGAGUGGAAACUGGGAAACCAAACUUUGUACUUGUUAUUUUGAUUGUCUGUUUGCGUUUGUCAGAGGUGACAAACUGAGAGAGGGGCUGCUCACUGUGACGACUUGAAGCCAAACCGCCUUUUCCCAAUUCAUAAAAAAUACAUUCAGAAGUUGAAGGGUAAGCUCUGCCAGAGAGCACACCAAAACCAAAAAAAAAAAUAGUAAAAAUCUUCACUGCUAGUGUUUCAUUUGGAACAAGAAACUGAUACACUAGCCCAAAUACCAAAGACGAGAGGACAUUAUAUGUUUUCUAUUAUGCAAUAUAAGCUAGGAACCGACAAAUGGACUAACCAAUGAAAGCUUUAUGACUACGGAAUGUGAUAAUGAUGAAUGGACGUUUCAUCAGAUGUCCAAAACUUGGGUUACUUACUACCAAACCAAAGAGCAUGGAGUUAUUUCACAGUAAAAAAAAACAUCACUCUAGACUUCUUAUUUCUUAACAAAGUAGUGUAAGUUCAUUUUUUAGCUGAAUUAAUGUCAGUGACAGUGAAUCAAAGUAAUUUCACCUUUCGGUCAGAGUAGUUUUUACUUUGAGAGCAUCAUUUUAAAAAUUCAAUCUUUUCGUCUACAAAAGACAAACAAUUCAACAAUUGUUAACGUUAGGCAAUGGCUUUAAAUGGAAGCACAAAGACACACACUUCCACACAUACCUUCCCAGGCACAUAAAACCUCCACACAGUCUGAGCCAAAAUGUUAAAUUUAAUUUUUUUUUCUCCAAUUACAUGAAGUACAGUAGAAGUGAAUAUGUACUACGUAUGUGAGCACAAUAUAAAGCACAUUUUUUUGCAAUAGAACUGGGGCUCUAUGCCAAGCCGAGUGGUUUUCGCAUCUUAGAAAACUCAGGAUGCCAUUUUUCUAAACAGUGGCUGAAAUCCACUCUGCUUUCUGGUCAUCUCAUACUAACUAAUGUACUGUAUAUUUAUCCAUACUUUUUAUGCGUCAUUUCGCAAAUGGGUCCCCCAAAUUUAUAGCUUCGGUGAUCAAUAACCUAUCAAUUUACCCUGAUUUUCUCAACCAAUAAAUUUUGUGACCUCGAUAAGACGUCACAUCUGGUCAGUGCUUUGUAUUUGAGCAUUACAGGUUUUAAUCUUAAACUUGGUCAAACUAUUUAUGAUGCUAGAAAAUAUCAAUUUAAAAAUCUCUUUCAGAUUGGGAAUCAUAUAGUAUUUACAAUUUCCAGUGUAAAGACAAUUACAACUUUAUUCAAAUAGUGUAUUUAGUUUAGUGUUGCAUCGAUAACAAUACAGGUAGUCCCCCUGUUACGACGUACUCGAUUUACUUGAUUUCGUCCUUACGACGCCAUAGUCUCGUCCGUCUCGCCUCGUUUUUUUUUUGUCGUGUAAACAUUACCUUUUUCUUUUUUACCUUUUUAUCUUAUUUCUUACUUCAUUAAUAUGACGUGUUCAUUCCCCACUAAACAUGAAGUUGUUCAGCUUGACAGCAAACAAGGCAAUCGUGGUUUUUGAAGCUUUUUACUUCCUUCACAUUUGACAAUUUGUAAAGUUGUAACACACAUACACUUAUGUCCAAAAUGACACACAUUUAACAAUAAAACACUUGACACAAAAACAUUGUUGUUCAAACGUCCAUCUAGCCUGAUCAAUAUGUAAAUGUAGUGAUUAAAUUAGCCAAGAUUGCCUAACAAAAGUCCACUAGUUUAAAUGCUACGAAUGCCAACGUAUUUACAAUUCUCAUAGCAAAUGGCUCACACAUAACUCCACAAAUUGUAGCUCUAAACUUAAUUACAAAUGCAUACACAAACAUAUAUUAGCUGAAACAACUUACAGCAUUAUGUGGGCCAAACCAGAGCGCAGCUGUCCUUUUUAUCUAUGUCAGAGGAGUCUGCUCCUCAGUCAUAUAAGGCGACAGUCCAGCCAGACCCAACACUGCCACCAGAGGGCAGUGUACUAGUACAUUCCAUCAUUAAAAAAAACAGCGUAGGAACGGAAGUCGUUCGUAAACCUACCUGUACUAGUAUUGGAAUUUGGGACUACUAAGAAAUAACGUACAUGUCCAACCACAGUGAAAAAAGAAGCGCUUGUUGCCCUUCCAAAGAUGAUAGACGUCCAAUCAUGUGGCGUCAAAUCCUCCUCCGGCCUAUUCCUAUAGGAUAAUACCUCAGUGUCAGCUAUCGGAAUCGGUAUCGCAAAAAAACGGUAUCGGUGCAACACUUAUUUAAAUACUUAAUGUAGACUUCGUAACACUUUCCAUCAACUUGGCCAUAAUUUGUUACAAUUCUGUUUUUCCAAGAUAUGGUUGAUAACGGUACCCGCAAACUUUUUAUAGCUCUAAGACUUAAAUAUUUCUUCCUUUUUGGUUUAAUUCUGCCAAUUGAUGUUAAAUACACUGCCAUCAAACCAUCUCAGACCAAAAUAGGACCAUUUGAUCCGGGGGAUUACGGACUGCUCAGGCAAAUCAGGGCCUUUGUAAUAGUUAAAGAGGACAAUCUAAAGACGAUGUCUGGAAAGUCCGUGUCCUGCAGAGGAUCAUUUGGCCUGUAAACAAGCUGUACUGCUUCAUACAAAUCAAGGUUGAGGAAGACUCAAUUGUCAUGUAUUAGCAUUUGGUUGCUGCCUAGGCUUGACUUGAUGUCCAUAUGAAUGUCACCAAGGAAACAUUGUAACCAAAAUACGGUAUACCCUACACGAUCACUGUGUAUAGUCUUUCCCAUAUAAUGUAAAUACCAAAGCCCUCACGAAAACACCUCAACCGCCAUCACCUCCUACUGUGUUUUAGCAGCCUUUAUAAUCUAUAAUCACUUCAUCAAUCAUCUCAUACAUGCGCUAUUAAACCAAAAAUAAAUAAAUAUCAACCAAACCAAAGCAAAGGCGCCAGUCAGCAGCCCCUGCUCCUUUAGAAACCCCAGGCUGGGUCCAAGCCUGGUUAGAAACAAGCCAAAGGCUUGAGAUUGAAAAAAAAAAAUGGACACUUGAGACUUUUUCUAUUUAUUGACAAAUCGAAACCAAAGAAAACCCCUUUUUCUGCACCUAACUGUUCCAACAAAAAGACUGGACAUGGAAGAGUAUUACUACCAAAAACAAACAAAAAUAUUUAAAAAAUAAAAAAAAGAGUGGCGAUGAAGCGAUGUCAAGGAUGCAGGACGAUGCUGUGAGGAUGAAGGGGGAGGGUAGUGGAACGGUGACAUCACAAGAGCGGAGAAAUAGCUUUGUUCCGGCUAAGGUCAAGUCAGACCGGCCAAGUUAGGAACUGAAAAGGGUAAAACCACACGGGAAGGGGGGAAGAAGGAAGCGGAGGACGCCGUCAUCAAAGUUCUUCCCUCCAGCCCAGAAAUGUCCGAACAUUAAUGUGUCUCUCACGGUUGAAGAGUGUCUUUAACGUGUGCCUAUGCAGUUUUUCAAAGUAAAAAUGGUUAAACGAACAACAGAAACCUCAUCAGCUAACAAACCAAAGAUUCACUGUUAACUCCAGUAGCAGUUCUCCUCCUCUUGUAACCUACUAAUUUUGGCUACGCAGUGUGCGCACACCAGUCACAUGAUGUGCUUUGAGUUUUCUUCCAUAUGAUGUAAUACUACCCAGUAUGGCCUACCUUGUUCCUUACAAAAUAUUGUGAGUUUCCAUCAGCCUACAUCCCUUCAAGUUUGUAAAUCGUCUACCAACAUCCACAAGUUUGAAAUAGCUGUACCUCAAACAUGCUACCAAUUUUUACAGUAGUCAUACAAUACAUACUAAUUUGAGUCUAAGGCUAGGUUCAUACCGCAGGUCUUUAAUGCAUGAUUCCGAUUUUUUGUCAUAUCUGUUCAAGUAUCACGCGUGCGCACUCCUUCACAGUCCGAGAUGCGCUGAGCAACUGACCCGCGUGCGCAGGAGCAUCAAAACAAAUGACUACACAUGACGCACACACAUAGGGGUCAGUUUGCCCCGACUUCUGGCCGUACAAGUAGGGUUGCCACCCGUCCCUUGAAAUAAGGAACAAUCCGUAAUUGGGAAUUAAAUAUUGCGUUCUGUAUUGAACCAAUACGGAAUAUACAGUAUAUAAAUAGAUACAUUCUAUGUAUUUUAGGAGUUUUGUGCAUGUCCCCUUUUUUUCUGCCUGUACAGCUUUGGGCGCGAGGGGGGGUGUCCCGUAUUUCUAUUUCCGAAAGGUGGCAAUCUUGAAAUAUUGCUCAUUUGGAGCAAAGAGAAACUCAACAUUCUCAGGCUUAUUCUCAAUCCAUUUUAUUUAUCAUGGCUGUUGUCAAGCCCGCUCCUUCCCCAAAAGCCGCGUUCAAACUAGGAGCUAACGCUAAUGCACAGCUGCACCACUACUCUUUUACCCUGUCUCGCUUGCUCUUUUCUGAUGUAAUCGCUCCAUGAAUUCCGAUUUGGGAGACUUGACAGUUCAGACCACCGCUACAUUCUGGAAAAAUGUGGCCCAUAUCGGAUUAAACCACAUACGACAGUGACCCAGAUCAGAUUUGAAAUGUUCCACUUCUAUGCGACUUCAGACCGUCAAGUUAAUGCCUCACUCGAGUCGGAAAAACACGAAAAAAAUCAGGUUCAUGCAUUAAGACCUGCUGUGUGAACUUAACCUAAGGGCGCUUCCACAUUAGCACUGCUUGGCCCGUUUUAAACUGACCAGAGUUCUUUUUCUCAGAUAGUCCGCUUCAUUUUUUAAAUGUGAACUCGAAUCCAAAGUCUAGUAUGGACCAAAUAAACGAACUCUGGUCCGCUCAAAAAUUGUGAGUCUCGGUCCGCUUUAAGUGCACCCUGCUUCGCUUGUGAAUGCAAGCGGACAAGGGUGCGCUUAUGCUACGUUACGUGCAGCUGCAGUGACGCUUCACGCUACCUCCACUCCCAGGAGGGAGGGGUUUUCUCAUCUAAAUGUAUCCAAUCAAUGAGUGCGCCUUUCAUCCACGCGAUGCUACUAGGAAAGUUCCGUUGACGCAGUGUGAAUACUGAACCAUUUAAGUCAUUUGCAAGUGUUAUUGCGAGGUACCGUGGUAUGAAAAAGUAUCUGAACCUUUUGGAAUGUCUCACAUUUCUGCAUAAAGUCACCAUCAAAUGUGAUCUGAUCUUUGUCCAAAUCACACAGAGAAAAGACAGUGUCUGCUUUAACUAAAACCACCGAAACAUUUAUAGGUUUUCAUAUUUUAAAGAGGAUAGUAUGCAAACAAUGACAGAAUGGGGGAAAAAAUAAGUAAAUUCGUUUUCGUAUGCUGUGGGCCCCCCUUUGGCAGAAAAAAAUUCAACCAGACGCUUCCUGUAGCUUCAGAUUAGUCUGGCACAUCGAUCAUGACUAAUCAUGGCCAUUCUUCUGUACAAAACUGCUGUAAUUCAGUCAGAUUCCUGGGAUGUCUGGCAUGAAUCGCUUUCUUUAGGUCAUGCCACAACAUCUCAAUGGGAUUCAUGCAUUUUGUUCUUCUGAAACCAUUCUGAAGUUGAUUUACUUCUGUGUUUUGGCUUAGCUUCAACUGUCUGACAGACGGCCUCAGGUUUUCCUGCAAAAAUUCCUGAUAAACGUUUGAAUUCAUUCUUUCAUUAAUGAUUGCAAGUUGCUCAGGCCCUGAGGCAGCAAAACAGCCCCAAAUCAUGAUGCUCCCUCCACCAUUCUUCACGGUGGCGAUGAGAUGUUGAUGUUGGUGAGCUGUUCCAUUUUUCCUCCACACACGACGUUGUGUGUUACUCCCAAACAAAUCAACUUUGGUUUCAUCAGUCCAAGAAAUAUUUUGCCAAAACCUCUGUUGAGUGUCCAAGUGCCUUUUUUGCGAACAUUAAACGAGCAACAAUGUUUUUUUUUUUUAAACAGUAGUGGCUUUCUCCGUGGAGUCAUCCCGUGAACACCAUUCUUGGCCAUCAUUUUACAUAUAGUUGAUAUGUGCACAGAGAGACUGUGCCAGUGAUUUCUGUAAGUUUUUCGCAGACACUCUCGGGUUCUUUUUUACCUCUCUGAGUGUUCUUCGCUGAACUCUUCGCGCCCUAUUUGGUGGACUGCCACUCCUUGGGAGAGAAGCAACAGUGCCAAACUCUCUCCAUUUGUAGACAAGUUCUCUGACUGUCGAUUGAUGAACAUCCAGACCUUUAGAGAUGGUUUUGUAUCCUUUCCCAGCUUUAUACAAAUCAACCAUCCUUGAUCGCAGGUCUUUAGACAGCUCUUUUGACCGAGCCGUGAUGCACAUCAGACAAUGCUUCUCAUCAAGACAUUUCUUACCAGGUGUGUGUUUUAUAGUGGGCAGGGCAGCUUUAAACCACUCAUCAGUGAUUGGGCACACACUUGACUUAAAAUGGUUUGUAAAAUUUGGUUUCAAUUGCUCUUUAAGUCUCCUUGGGCAGAGGGUUCAUUUACUUAUUUUUCCCCCUUCUGUCAUUGUUUGUAUGCUAUCCUCAUUAAAAUAUGAAAACCCAUAAAUGUUAGGGUGGUUUUAGUUAAAGCGGACACUGUAUUUUCAUCUCUGUGAUUUUGACAGAUCAGAUCACAUUUGAUGGUGAUUUUAUGCAGAAAUGCGAGAAAUUCCAAAAGGUUCAGAUACUUUUUCAUACUAUUGUAGCUCUCCAACCUGGUCCUCUUGGUCGAAUGUGAAAGUGCCCUAAGGGAAGGAAUUAUCUAGUUUGUAUCUCAACGAGGCAAGUCUACCUCCAAGCUCCUGUCUGUAAUAUAUUUCAUCAGGAGGCAGUCUAACCGGUCCACAUUAAAAACAACACCAACAACAAACACCAGUUGUUAACUAACAGCGAUGCUUCCGUCAUGUAUGUUUUGCUUCCAUUCAGUCCGCCAUGAAACAUUCCUGUUUCUACUGAACGAUCUUUGGUGCUUCCUCAAGCAAGAAGAGUAAUUCUACGUGAGGUAUAUAGUUCAUACCAAAGACUAUUUGCUAUAUUAGCUCACCGACAUACGAUUCUCUGACCAAACUAAUUUUCCUGAAAUUUCAGAAAUAUAGCGAACAUUGCGUAAAAACGGCUAAUCAGAUAUCAUUUUUGAUUAGCUUACAGUCACUAGCUCGCACAAAAGUCCACCACGCCAUUUUGGAGAGGCACUCUGUAGCUUGGAAGAUGCACAUUUGCUUGUUCCAUAAGAGGGGGGGAACUUUGCUGCUGCUCCACAAUGUACAACAACAAUAAAUGAAACCAAACAAAACUACACAACAUAAACACUCACUGAGAGAAACUGCUGAAGUAUCGGUCAAAUAGCUUUAUCCUUAAUUUUCUCUCUGUAUGUAAAGCUUCUAUUCCAAAGAGAUGCCCCCACCCGCUGAGCCCUCCAAUUAUGUUGACAACGCCCAUUGGAGGGGUGUUCUUUAUUGGGCCAGGGGUGGCGGCCAUUUUCCAUUCACACUUGCAAUUCUGUCUGCAUGUAAUACAGGCAAAAACAAACAAAAAAUAUAUAUGGGUAUAAAACCAAAAAUGUUCCAAAGAGGUUUUCAUGCUUGUUUGCUCAAAGUACUUACAAAUUAUUUGCCAAUAAUUGUGUCUAGUAUUACAUUCCUACUUGGGAGUUUUUGCUAAAUGUGUGUUUUGUUUUAAUUUAAUGUAAUUUAUGUUUUUAAUUUAAGCGAACAAAUUGUGUUGCCAAAUCUCCCACUGAACCCUUUUCCCCUUUGAAGAUUAGCUUUGCCAAAGUUUACAUUGUAUGUUCCUUUUCUUUCUGUUUGAUGCUGUAUUUAUUUAUAAGGUGUUUAGAACACUGUAGGUUUGUACUUGAUGAUAAUUUAAUGGUAUUUAAUUAGAUGUAAUUGUUUUCAAUGAAUAUUUAUGUAUUUAAGAAUGUUAGUUGCAUCAAAGAUGCAGUGCUUAUGCCUGGCCUCUUAAUUUAUUCUUAGUUAGCUUUACUUUAAGGAAGAAAAAAAAAACAAAAAGGAGAUAAAAAAAAUAAUAAUAAAACAAAGGCAAUGUUGUUUUAUAUGCUUAGACUUCAUGACAGAACAAUGUACGAAUGUUAAACUAGACUUACAUCUGAAUGUCCACUCAUGCUCUCAGAGGUUUUUUUUUUUUUUCUAUUUGGAUGUGGAAGUGAGAGUUCAUAUUUGAACAUAAAAAAGGCUCAUAACAGGCCAACAAAUAAUGAGCACUGCAUCUCUCCUUGUUUCUGCAAAGUGUUCAAACUUUUCUUUUCAACUGUUUGCAUUCUGUUGACCAUUGUGGAUGAAGCAAUGACUUUCAGGCCGAUGUUCUCGAUUAAAAAACAACAAAAAACGUUCAGGUGAAGAGCGGGCUACACAUUGAUGUAAAGUGAACUACCAAAGAUAAGUGGAAUCCUUGAUAGAGGCAAAUAAACUAUGUGUUUACAUCGAUGCAACUCAUACACUGGUUAAGGACUUAUUCAUAAGACGCUUUAAGUAUUACCAUACAUAGACUUGGUUUUAUGAAUUACACCCCCCUUAGCAACGAAAUCCAAAUUUUAGCUAAUCUGUGCAUUUCACAAAGAAGCCAUGCUGAAAAGAAAUGUUUUAAUGCGAGCAGUUACAUUUUUCGCAGACCAGUCAUAAUCCUACGAGAUCAAGGUUUUUAAGUAUUUUCAUUAAUAACGGUAUUAAUUUAUACGUUCCUGCUCCUACAUCCCUAAAUCAUGUCAUGUCAAUAGUGUACCGCACGUAACAUGUCACCUUUGCUCAUUAAUAUUCAUGACUUUAGCAACUGUUGCUAGGGGGGUCAAACUCGCAUUUGUACCUCAUGCUAGAUGCAUGUAAAUAAUGUACGAUUGAGAUGUUUACUGAGCUAAAUCUACCAAUUCUGUCAGAAAAUGAUGUCCCUGGGGCCAAAUUCACUGGUGAAGAUGUGGAAGAACAUACAAAUAUUCAGUUAAAGAGGUGGUUUGAGUGUCGUGGGCUGAAAACGACAGGAAAAAGAGGUGACCUGAUGCAGAGGUACCUUUUUUAUCGACACUUUUUUUUUGUGUGCAUUGCCUUACGUCACUGACAAUGACAUUCUCCUUAUUCAACAAGCUAUCUUUUACCACCAUAUGCCCUGUCUUUCUUAUAUAUUAUAUCCUCCUCUGUAUUUUUUUUUACGUCUCUGAUCGUUCUUAGGGGUAAUUUAUAUUGCUAUUUUUGUGUAGCGAUCGCAAAUGAGAACUUUUAAUUUUUUAAUUAAUAACAAAUCUUAAUUCUAUUUUUUAUUUACACUUCCCCUUACUAAGAAUGAUUCUUUACAACAGAAAAGGGUAACCUGUUAAAUCCACAGUCUAUGUGGGCAUGAACAGGCUUACUACAAAAAGACCAAGGCCAAACAUGGCUAAUUUAUUUAUUUAAAAAAAAAAAAAAAAAUCAGGUCAGUCAUUGUCAUUAGGGGUGUGACAAAAUAUCGAAAUGGUGAUAUAUCGUGAUACUUUGUAUCCCAAAAGGUUAUCGAUUUGCUCCUGUCAAGAAUCGAGAUAUCGGUUUAAAAAGGUGUCAAUUUAAAAAAAAAAUAUAUAUAUAUAUAUAUAUAUAUUGACGGUGCUCGGCGCCCAAUCCAUUUAGACUGGGAACGUUCGUUCAUUCAAAACCAGAGCAUUCACAGUCAUUCGGUCCGAUUUUCAGGGCAUUUACAGGUCACUUGCUUUUCAUUUUAGGUCAUUUACAGGUCAUUUCCUGUUGAGUUUGAGUCACUGCCUAAUCAUUUGGGUGAUUCCCAGGUCACGUCCUGUAACGCAAAAUAAACAGCAAGUGACCCAUAAAAUACUCCAGAAUCAACAGGAAGUAACUGAAAAUCAACAGGUAAAUGACCUUAUAUGGCCCAAAAUUACUCAUUGCCUGGCAUUGGUUGCCACUGACAGCCAUAGACGUUCAAUCCGUUUGAAGUGGGA